AUGGCCGAUGACACUGCGCGAGACGGUGGACAUUCGACCGAGGCGUCUGGCGGCGCGCGCGUAUCCGCGGCGCGCGCGUACGCCGACGUGCAGACGCCAAAGAACGUGAAGAAGAUUGCGUGGCAAACCGCGGGGGCGUCGAACGAGCGCGUGACGAGAAAGAGUAUGCGAAGUGCGACGCGGGGCGGUGCGCCGGUUUCGACGGUGAAGAACGUGAACGAAGAUGCUGAGAUGAAGGACGGCGCGGCGCCGCUCGACGACGCGCCGAAGAGCAAAUCUGUCGACGCCGCGAAGAUUGAAGAGCAGCAGGAUCCAUCCUCGGCCGGGCAGUCGAGCGAAAAGCGGAAGCGCGCCAAAGCGCGAGCAAACGGUAUGGCUUUUCUUAAGGCUGAUAUCCCCGCGCUCGCCGCACAGAAUCCCAAAGCCGGCGGCGCGGUGGUUUCGACCGAGUUGAGAAUUUCCCCCCGCACGCUCGCGAUGGACAAGGCAAAGCAGAGUGCGUCGAAGGAACCCGCGGCGGCACCAGGGACGGCGACGAUGACGUCUGAAUCGAAAGAACCCGCAUCAGCGCCCACAGUGGUGGCACCCGUCCUAGCGCCGCGCACCGUCGCUCCCAAGCAUCCAGUCGAUCAGCGCAGUUUGAUGGAGUCGUUUAUGAUUCAGCCUGAGAAUGUAUCGGCCGCGGUCGAUCUCGCACCGUUGUCAUCGUUCCAAAAAAUGUCGGCGACGCCUUCUCAGGCAACUCUCGGCGAGCAAUCCGCGCAACGUCCCAAACCGCCGUCUUCGCUGGCGCCGGUGACGACGGCGGCUGAGGCGAACGAUGUCAUGAGUCGACUCAAGCGCGCGAUGGAGGCUCGAUCACGCGCGGACGAAGAGAACAAGCGUCAAUUAGAGAGUGCGCUUCGACAAAAGGAAGAAGAGCGCAAGCGACGCGAGAUGGAGAUGCAGGCGCGAAAGGCCAAGCAAGCUGAUCAGGAAGCGCGCGAGCGAGAAGAACGACGCCUGCGUCAAGAGCGUUUGGCUCAGUUUCGACUUCAAGAAGAAGAGGCGCAACGAAAGGCGGCGAUGGAGAAGACAGCAACGCACGCCGUUGGAUUCGUAUCCGAUUUCACCCUAUUGCAGCAGCGACAGCGAAGACGAUGA